AGCGAAAAACUGUGUGUGCGGUAAGGGGAACUGCAGAUUAAAGCUGCAGGAUUACAGAGACGACCCCAGCUUUCGCCUCCGUGGACAACAGCCCCCUUUUUCUUCUUUCUGUAUUUGCCACCAAAUAGCAACCGCAAAAACACCCUCGUUCUGCUCUUUUUUUUUGCUCUCUAUCGUCGAGCAGAGUUUCAACUCUGCAUUCUAAGGUCAGGCACACCAAAAACAGCAGCAAUAGUACUAGUAAUAAUGUCCCUUACUUCCAAAUUUAUCGGUGGGAUGAAGCACCUGUUGAAAGGGGGUAGUGUCAAGUACCUUGCUGCUGGUGAGCCGUAUUGCCCGUUUGGCGAGGAAUUUGGGUUGACGGUAAUUCCUGAAUAUCUUUUGGAAGAUGACCUAAUGAAGCUCCGCAGAGGCUACGUCGACGUCUACACACGCAACUCGGACCACAUUGUCCUCAACGAUGGCCGCUUUCAGCUGCCGCCGCUGCCCCCUAGCUCCUUCCUGCCGCUCGUGGAACGCCUUGAGCAGGAUGAUAUUGUGCCCAAAGGGUGGCUCAACAAUCAGACAGCCAAUCUGUACGAACCGGGCGACUUUAUUCGUGCCCACAUCGACAACCUUUUUGUGUACGACGACAUUUUCGCCAUCUGCUCGCUUGGCAGCAACGCUUUGCUGCGUUUGGUGCACGUCCAGAACGGCGAGGAGCUGGAUGUGAUGGUGCCUGAUCGCUCCGUGUACAUCAUGUCUGGGCCUGCGCGAUACGUGUACUUCCACAUGGUGCUUCCCGUUGAGGCCCAACGAUUUUCCCUUGUGCUUCGCCGCUCCAUCAUCGACUCGGACGGCGGUUUCCGCCCGAUUACGACUCCGAUUGGGGAUAUCAUGCCGUACAAAGCGACGCGAAUACUGAACGCGCUGUACAGCAGACAAGUCGGUGGCGUACGGGUGACGGUGGAUGAUGACUUCUUAGAACACGCCGACAUUGGGGCCUUUGACACGUCGAGAUGGGUAAAGCGUCUGCACCCGCUGCGUGACUGGUCGUUGCUGCGGCAGCUGGACGAGGACGAGGCCCGCAUUGAGGAGCUGCGAGAGAAGCGUUUCAUUGACGUGGACUUUAGCUGGCGGUACAAGGAGCUGCGCGAGUAUUACAAGGCGAUGGAGGAGUCUUUGUUGGCACCGCAUGCUACCCCUGCUACCCCUGCUACACCGCACGUAGACACCAAAGGCUGA